CACAUCCGGCCAGAAGAUGGAGAUCGUUUUGUUUCUUAGCUAAUCAGUCAGUAUAAUUAUUAUACAUAGAUAUAGUAGGUGUGUUUGACCUCCGCUCAAAGAUAACAAUCGAUUUUACGAGUUGAGGCUACGGUGGUCGUUAGAUUCACGUGUAUUUGACUGCUUCGGGAGGUUAAAACUUCAACAUGUUCUGUGUGUUGACCAGGAAAUGAACGGAGAAACAUAUGUUUGGGGUUUUUCACCAACAUGGCUUUAUGAGACUGUCUGUGAAGCAUUACUUUUGUUAUAUAAUGCUAUGACUCCUGUAGUGCUGACAUUAUUCGUCUUCAAAGAAGAUGGCCACUGCAGAUCCAAUGACGCAAGUGAACGAAAUUCUAAAGUGUGUAAUAUGUUGGGAAAGCUUCACAGAUCCCAGACAGCUACACUGCGGACAUGUGUUCUGUUUCGAAUGUAUCAACACACACUUCAAGACAUAUGGUAAAAACUGUGCGCCGUGUCCAGUUUGUAGACAACUGUAUUGGCCUAAAGACCGCGACGCAAACAAUCUACCAAAGUCGACGUUACCCCUUCGACAACUGUUGGCUAUACAGCAUACCACAAAUCGAUCCUGUGAAACGUCUGGCUGUAAUCAAAACAAGACACCAUAUCUGUGUUUGACAUGUCGACAGUGGCUGUGUGAUGCCUGUAAGUCGCAAACGUGUAUUGUCGACAAUGACGGCAAUAUUGCGCACAACGCUUUUUUAAGAUCGGACAUCGACCCCGGAUUAUUUGAUAUCGUGAAGAGAAGUCGUCAUAAACAAUGCUAUAUGCAUCACUCCCAUGAAGUAGAAUGGUACUGUCUACAAUGUAGGAUGUUGUUAUGUAAACUGUGUCAAACAAACAGCCACCUACACCAUACGCUGAUAGACAUAGUAACACAGUCACGUGAUACCCGUGAAAACUUGGAACAGACGGCGGCAUUACUACAGAAAAAACAGCAGCAACAUAGACAUGAUCUUGAAAUGUACGAGGAACUCCAAAUCGUUGUCAAGGUGGAACUAUUUAAUGCCAGUGAUUGUCAGAAAGUAAUGGCAAUGUGUUCACGUGACAUCGAUAACUGUGACAAAAUCAUUCAGCUGAUCACCCAACUGUUGAAGUUUGGCUCGGAUGUGGUCAUCAUUGACACGUAUCGCAACCUGGAAGAAAGGAUAGAGACGGAACUGGGACAAUGUCAUUCACUUGGACCGCUGUUGACUGAACUGAACAGCAGGACGGCUGACAAUAACCACACGACGGCGACUUGGGUUGAUGCUUGUCGCGGUGAUAAACGGAAACAUCUUAUUUCUGACUCUGGUGUGGACGAUCUCUCUGUGAGUGAAGGAAGCCUAGAGGAAGGAGUUCCUCCUGAAGAUAACUCUUGUGAGAUAUUCAAUUGUGUCAGCAGCACACAAACUAAACUUCUGUGUUUAUCGUGUAUGAAAUGGAUUUGUGAAGUAUGCUCAAGAAGAUGUUGUCUUAAAAAUGAUUCCGAUUCCAAACACGAUGUGCUCCCUGUGGCUGAUGUUGACAGACACCUAUAUGACGUCAUAAUGAGAAAUAGAAACUAUUCUUGCAAAUCACAUCCGACCAACGAUGUCAGACUUUUUUGCACAAAGUGCAAUAUUCCAUUGUGCACAACAUGCCGCGUCAACGGUCAUCUGGACCAUCCGACGAUAAAAAUCUCUGACAGAUCUCAGGUCUGUUGUAGAAAAUUAAAAGUGUACGAAGGAAAACUACAAAAACAAGUCCAAGAUUAUAAAACAACCAGACACAAAUUUCUUGAAAUGCAAAAUUCACCAUGCGCAGAAGCACUUAAUCCAUCGUAUUGUGAAAAUAUCUCCAGCAGGUGUGAAUCGGGGAUAGACGCAUGUGAGGAUUUUGUCAAACGCAUCACAUUUCUACUUCAUUAUGGUAGCCCCUCUGUCAUCGUAGAUGGAUUUUUGGAACUAAAAUAUCACAUAGAAAAAGAACUGAGGGUAUGUCCGUCUGAUUUCGCUACACCUCUUCGCCAGCUGGUGUGUUUUAUCAGUGCUACAUUGGAUCAGGCGAACAGCUGUGUUGAUGAUGUAGCGACAUCUGAUGAUGAAGCAGAUAUUGAAAGCACAAGCGAAGAAGUUGUACAGGGAAUAACUGGCAAUGGUCCGGAGAGUAACACAACGAAUACCCCAGUGGUCAAUGGUCCUGAGAGUAACACAACGAAUACCCCAGUGGUCAAUGGUCCGGAGAGUAACACAACGGAUACCCCAAUGGUCAAUGGACUGGAGAGUAACACAACGGAUACCCCAGUAGUAAAUGGUCCGGGGAGUAACACAUCGGAUACUCCAGUAGUCAAUGGUUCCGUGAGUAGCGCCUCAAAUAACCCAGUGGUCAAUCGUCGGCAGAAUAACGCCUCAGUUCGGCGACGUGUUACAUCAUCUGUGUGUAAUGCUGCUAGUGAAAUGCCAAAUAAUCCAAAUUCCACUGAGGAGAGUAACGCUUGGGCACACGUCAGCUAUGUCAUGUGGAUAUGGGAACAAAUAAAAGUGAUGUGUCGGUAUUUGUCACGAUUUCUCUCGGAUUCAUAGACAAGGAUAUCACGAGAAG